AUGUUAUCAUGUAUUGGUAAGGGUUCUUCAUCCAAAGAUCGAAAUAAUCAAAAUCAAAUAUCUAAAAAUGACAAAGAUAUGAAAAAAUUCGAAUCAGAAAAUAAAGAUGAUCAUAAUAAUCAAAAAAAGAAGAAACAAUCUUUAUCGGUUAUUAAUGAACUUGUUCUUCAUUUCAACAUCUCUCCAAAUAUUAAUCAAUUAAAUCAAUCUUAUUCUCCUAUAGAUUAUUGUCCUAUGAUGUCUGACAAUUUACAUGAAAAUUUUAAUAAUGAAGAAUCAUCUACAAAUCAAGAAUCAUUAUCUAAUUGUUAUUUAAAUCCAACAACAGACAUUGAAACAAACAGUGAUAUAAACUAUAUGCAAACAAAAGUGAUACAAUCUCUAGUAAUGAAAUAUCCAGUGGCUAUUAAUCAAAAAGAUUCUGCAAAGAUCAAUAACAAACAGUCUUCAUCAUCAACAAAUUUACAUUCUGACAGUUAUUUUUCUUUUGGUGAUAAAAAACAAAAUUAA